AUGUCUGAUGUGUUCAGGGAUGAAUUCAACACGGAUACAAGUAAUAUCUAUUUGAAAACCACUGCUCUCAUACAACAAAUAUUAUCUGCUACACAUGAAGAAGAGCAGGAGUUAAAAUUAUCAGGUGAUCGGGCAGCUCAACUGCGAGAAGUCAAUAACAAGUUACGUGAACGCCUUAUAAACGAUGAGAAGCGGGUGGAUUGUAUGAUAUCUAGAUUACAGACCAUAAAGCAGACAAUCAAAGAGUUACGUGCUUCUAUUGAGAAAUUUAAGUUAAUUAAGAUCGCUUACUUGAAACAAAUCGAAUCUGAAAAUCCUCCUGAAGAUUCAUUUUUUCCAUGUGAAUUUGAAAAUUCUACACUGAUGCAAAUUUAUAGAAUGAUUCAACCAUUCGAACGCCUACUUGGAAUUCAAAUACAGAAAACGCAUUCUGGACUACUACAGUUGCUGUUCCAUGGUUGUUCGGAAGCUCUGGUUAGUAGUGAUGAAGUAAUUGUAUGUUGUUGUCAACUUCGUAUUGUAAAUACUAAUCGCUUUGAAGUCGUGUUGUGUGAUCCACCAGUACCGGAUCUAGAAAGGCUUGUAAAGCACCUGAAUUGGACUGAAGAUAUACGGAGUUUUAUCAUUGUAUUAAGACAACGUUUUUGUCGUUACUUUGAAUUAGCUGCGGCAGUUUCUAAUAAAUUAAGCUCUGAAUGA